GAUCCGAACAUUCCAACCACUCGGAAUAACCGGAAGUGACAAAACAGCUCACAGGCCACUCAAUCGGCCGCAGAUUCCACCGCAAACGAAUAAAGAACCCACUUUGCAGAUUUAUAGCCGUGGAUUAUCUCGGUCCUGGUUGUGAGUCCUGUACUCCUCUGCGUGUGCGCGUCUCUCUCUCUCUCUCUCUCUCUCUCUCUCGCGCUCUCUCUCUGUGCAGAGAAGAAAGAACCCGAUCUCUCGAGGAUUCCAAGGAAGGAGGAACUAAUAAAAUGCCGGGAGUGAAAGGGCCCUCCGAUUACUCGAAAGAACCACCUCGCCACCCUUGCCUUAAAAUCAACUCCAAGGAACCCUUCAAUGCUGAGCCACCUCGUUCGGCCUUGAUUUCCUCUUAUGUGACUCCUGCGGAUUUGUUCUACAAGAGAAAUCAUGGCCCAAUCCCCAUCGUUGAUGACUUAGAAAGAUAUUGUGUCUCUAUAUCUGGGUUGAUUGAAAACCCCAACGAGCUGUUUAUGAAAGAUAUCAGGAUGCUUCCAAAGUAUAAUGUCGCUGCCACUUUACAGUGCGCAGGUAAUAGAAGGACUGCUAUGAGCAAAACCAGAAAAGUUAGGGGAGUUGGCUGGGAUGUUUCUGCUAUAGGAAACGCUGUCUGGGGUGGGGCUAAGUUGGCUGAUGUUCUUGAACUUGUUGGAAUACCUAAGUUGUCAAGUACCACUCAGUCAGGUGGGAAACAUGUUGAAUUUGUAAGCAUUGACAAGUGUAAGGAAGAAAAUGGAGGCCCCUACAAGGCAUCAAUUCCACUAAGUCAGGCCACAAACCCUCUAGCAGAUGUUUUACUUGCUUAUGAGAUGAAUGGAGAGCCUCUUAACAGGGAUCAUGGGUAUCCAUUACGUGUGGUUGUCCCGGGUGUUAUUGGUGCCCGUUCUGUUAAAUGGCUCGAUUCUAUUAAUCUAAUUGCUGAAGAAUGCCAGGGCUUCUUUAUGCAAAAAGACUACAAAAUGUUUCCACCUUCAGUAGAUUGGGACAACAUUAAUUGGUCAACCAGGAAACCGCAAAUGGAUUUCCCUGUUCAGAGUGCAAUAUGUUCUUUAGAGGAUGUGCAUGCAAUAAAGCCUGGAAAGGUAAAAGUUGGUGGAUAUGCAGUAGCAGGAGGUGGCCGUGGCAUUGAGAGAGUAGAUGUGUCUGUUGAUGGUGGAAAAACCUGGAUGGAAGCCUUCAGAUACCAGAAGACUGGCAUCCCAUACAUUGCGGAUGAUCCAAGCAGUGACAAGUGGGCAUGGGUGUUUUUUGAGGUCACCGUUGAUGUUGCACACAGCACAGAGAUCGUUGCGAAAGCGGUGGACAUAGCUGCAAAUGUCCAACCUGAAAAGGUGGAAGACAUUUGGAACUUGAGAGGGAUACUGAACACAUCAUGGCAUCGAGUUCGAGUUGGAGUUGGGCACUCAAAUAUGUAGUGCAAAGACCAAACCACGUUUGAAUCGCUAUUCUGACUGGACAAAAGAACAAGAUUUCCUCUCUUUCUCUUGGUUAAGUUGACUUGCUUUGUUUUCCUUCCGCUUCUACGUCCAAAAAUUAUAAUAAUAAUCUGAGAGUGUCGAUGCUAUUUUUACUUGAUA